AUGUCUAACGAUCUCGAUAUCGCUGGAAUCUUCAUUGAAACGAGUGUUGGGGAUUGGUACAGCGACACACACCUGAAUGAAGUAGCCCUCGAGGCGACUAUCAAUGGACAGACAUCAGGUGUUUGA